UUCCAGAUCACGUAAGGCCAAGAGUCUACAGUCUCCCAGAGAAAGCGUACAACCCACGUGCUGGUGAUGAUUUGUACAGACUCAGGGCAUUCAGUAUCACCCACAAGGGCGUUGUCAACCGUGGGGACUCCAUUAUCUCGCGACGCAGCAGGAGCAACACCUCCGUCAACAGUAGUAGGAAUAGUAAUGUAUCUGGAGAGAGAUCACCAUUUGACGGAUCCUGCUGCAGCGGUCAGGGAGUUGCUGCCGACAGCACUGAGAGUGAAGCGGACGACGUACCCAAAUAUAGGGUUGUUCUACUUGGUGAUUCUGGCGUGGGAAAAACUGCACUUGUAUCGCAAUUUAUGACCAGCGAGUAUAUGAAUACAUAUGAUGCUAGUCUUGAUGAUGAAUUUGGAGAGAAGACUGUGUCGAUUCUCUUGGAUGGAGAGGAGUCUGAGAUGAUUUUCAUUGAUCAUCCUCACAUCGAAAUGAGUCUGGAAAAUUCACUCUCGACUUAUGAACCACACGCUUGUGUCGUCGUGUACUCGAUAGUAUCAAGAGCAAGUUUUCAAGUUGCUGAAGAGAUGCUCAAUUAUCUAUGGAAGGAGCACUUCACGCAAGAGAGGUCUGUCAUUGUUGUUGGAAACAAGUCUGACCUAGCCAGAAGCCGCACCAUUAGUGCUAAUGAGGGAAAACAAUUAGCCACAUCGAGAGAGUGCAAGUUCAUAGAGACGUCGAGUGGAAUACAGCACAACGUUGACGAGCUCCUGGUGGGUGUUUUGAAGCAAAUCCGUCUUCGUGAAAUGCGUGACAAAAAAUUGCGACGACGCGGCAGUAAAAGCAAGAUGCUGUCAAAACUCCAUGGCAGUAAAACUGCAUUAAGUCUCAAUUUAGCGCGUGAAAUAUUGAACAAAAUGUGUUUGAAUGACAGUAAGAGUAAGAGUUGUGAGAACUUGCAUGUGUUGUAA